AUGACAGAACAUAAAACACCAUUUAAAGUUAAGGCAAUAUUCGAGUAUAAAUCGGAUUACGAGGAUGAUUUAUCAUUCCCUGUGGGGCAAUUGAUCACUGUGACAGAGGUGGAAGAUGAAGAAUGGUACUCUGGUACAUACGAUGGAAAGAGUGGUAUGUUUCCAAAGAACUUCGUUGAGGUAGAUGGUACUGAUAUGGGAGAUGCUAAGACAGAAAGUGGAAGUAUUGAGGGAAUUGCAUCGUCGGAGGCGAAGGGCCCAAAUGCGAAGGAGCAAUCUGUGGUCGAUUCGACCCCUAAGCAAGCUGAAGGCGUAAUAUCGUCUGAAAACACGGUCAAAGCUUCAGAUACGAAACAAGAGAACGCUGAACAGGAAUCUAGCUCUAGAAGUCCGCCAAAACCAUCGAUGCCGGGUGUUUUCCCCAACCAAAAGAUCAAGGACCCAUAUAGCAUUAAGAAACAGUUUUUGGCAUCGGGAAAGUCGUCUUAUGUUCCCCCUGUGAAACCAAGACACGAUUAUAAUAUCGUUGGACAUGCCCGCCACGAUGUUGUUAACGAAAAUGAGAUUGUUAAGGGAACCGACAACGAUGUUGAGGAUGCGACACCGGAAGAGGAAGAGCCUAAAGUAAGCUUAAAGGAACGUAUAGCGUUAUUACAAAAACGUCAGCAAGAAGAAGCUGAACGGGAAACUGCUGCAUUAAAGAAGAAGGAAGAAAGAAAGCUUAAGGCAGCAGAAGAAAAAGAAAGAUUGAAGCAAAGAAAAGAAGCUGAAGCACUGGCUCCAGCACAUAUUCCAGAGACUCAAGCACAACAAGAGAUGGGUCCAGAAGGUCGCAAAAGGUCGAUCGAUAGUGUAGCUACAGGAGAUAGAAGGAGAUCCGUCGAUAGUAUACAUACUGGAGGUGGCCGCAGAUCUGUUGACAGCGUGGCUACUGGAGGUUCUUAUGUAGAAAGACGUCAUGAUGCUGAACACAUUCCUGAAGCAGACGAUCACAAUAUUUCUGCACCUAUUCAUGAAUCAAAUAUGGGGGAUGAUUCUGAGGAAGGAUUAAGAACCGAGGUUCCCAGAGGAGAAGACGCUGAUGAAGAAGAUGAAGCGGAAGAAGAGUCUGACGAUGAGGAAUUGCGCAGAAAGAAACUUGUUGAACGUAUGGCUAAAAUAUCGGGCGGUAGAAACAUGUUCGGAAUGAUGGGGAUGCCAGCUCCUUUUGGACAAACUGGAGCAGUACCAUCUAAGAAAACGAAAGAACCGGCUAAUGAAGAUAAGGAAAUUAGCCACGAGAAACCAAGAUCAUCCAUGGAGAAGAGCUCAGAGAAUGAUUCUUCGAUACCUCAGGCUGUUCCAAUUAUGCCGUUUGCGAACCCAGAUUCCUUACCUAAGAAUUUAGUUUCUGGAUCUGACGGCGAUAAGCGUAAAUCUAUUGGAUCUUAUGACGAAAAAUUUGACGAUGCUACGGAUAGACCAUCUGUCUCGAAGCCACAUAUCCCUGAUUCGUCGUCAAUGCUAGAGGAAGAUGAUUUCACUGAAUCAGACAGUAAGUUCCCAGAAGCUGGAGAAGCUCAAUUGCAUGCGGACACAGUAAAUGCGAUUCCCCCACCCGCACCAAGUGUGCCGGGAGUAGAUAAUCCAACUGAUGAUAAUUUUGACAUAGAUCGCAAGAACUUUCUGCCGGAAGAGGAUAUAAAGUUAUCAAAAUCAACUUUAGAAGCGGAGCCAACUGGAUAUGAGGCUGAUGAGGAUUUAUCUGACAAACCUAAGGUCCAGUCAGAGGAAAUUCCAUCUGUAAUGAGAAGUCAUUCUGUUAAAUCGAAUGAUGAGCCAUCAAUUCCAAUGAAUGCUCCACCACCUCCUAUUCCAACAUCUACACCUUUAGAAAAGGCCGACCCAGUUCCACUGAUGCCAUCAUCACGUCCUGGUGAUACCCUUGGGGAAACCCCUCGGGUGCCUAGUUCACAUCCGUCCGAGAGGGCAGCCCCACCUCCAAUUCCAUCUGGACAUCCAUCGGGAAGAUCUGCACCACCUCCAAUACCUACGGCUGGUGCGGAAAGAUCAGCACCGCCGCCAAUUCCUUCAUCACCUCAAAGGUCGGCACCACCACCAAUUCCUUCAUCACCUCAAAGAGCGCCACCACCUCCAAUUCCGUCGUCUGGAAAUAUUCCACCUACAUUAAAUAAGGAUACAUCGUCUGGUGGUGGCCCAAUACCUGAAGAUGACGAAGGCGAUGAAAUCGCACCUGCUGAUGAGCAGUUUAAUGUUGAUGAUUAUAAUUAUGAUGACGAUGAAAACGAGUUUUCGUUCCAUCUGAGAAACCCAACCAGGUCGUCUACAAUGCCAGACAUUGCCCCUCCUAUUCCAAAUACUCGUCCAUCAUUCAACCCUCCACCAGUCCCACCAGUUGAUACCUCGCGUGCUCCCCAACGUGCAAGUACGGAUAUAGGAGAUGCAACGAUGGUGUCUCCAGCAUCGUUAACCAAGACACCAACUAAUUCGUCAUUUGGACCAUCUCAUCAACGCCAAUCAAGUGAUUUAUCUAAUGCAGGUGGCCUAAACAGAUCCAGAUCAACUAAAUCGCAUCAAGAACAAACUCAGGCAGAAGCUGCUUGUAGCGAAUUGGAAUAUGAGAUUGGGAACAUCAAUGGUAAUUCGAAUUGGUGGUUGAAGGGAAACUUGCCAGAAUCAUUAGAAUCUAAGAUUGGAAGCGAAUUGAUGUACGAAAUUGAUUCUAACUCAAUUACUAAAAGAGGAAAUAGAGUAAUCAAUUACCGUGACUAUUAUAUUUUGUUUAACGAUCUUUCGCAACUAGUUUUUGAACUAGAAUAUGAAAGUGAGGAUCCUAGAUCCACUAUCAAGUUGAUUAACCACUUUACUAAACCAAUACCGAUUAUUAGAAAAGAUUUAUUAGAUAAAUCAUACAGAGAGUUCGGCAACAAGAUAACGUCGAUUACGAACUCAUUAGUUGGGACUAGACUAAAUGAGAGUAUUGUGAGUAAGGUUUUCAGCUCCCUUGCGAAGAAUGAUGCUCAUGUUUUGUCACCAAUUGGAAACAAAACUUAUGGUGUAACUAUCUACAGAAAUAAUAGUAAUCAUAAUAUCGCCAGAAUUGAAGAAAUUAGACCAGGCGAUAUAUUAUGUAUCAAGCAAGGUAAAUUUAGUGUUCACAAAGGAUUAACAGGCAAUAAAUCAAUUACAGUUGGCGGAAGUGAAGUGUUUUCUGCGGUGGUUACUGACUACGACCCAAAGAAAGAUAAGUUCAAGGUCAUAGAACUGGACAAUGCUGGUCACAUUAAGAAAGAAACUUAUAAGAUGAGCGAAAUGAAGAGUGGAAGAGUGAGAGUUUUCAGAGUAAUCGGAAGAAAUUAUAUUGAAUGGUAA